GGUGAGGUUGUACUUGAAUUAUGAUAUCCUUGAAGUGUGAAUCUAGUGUUAUCUUCUGGUUUUAUAUAACUAGCGUUGUGAUAAUUUUUAGUUCAGUUUUUCCUUCAGUUCACGCAUGUAAUGGCGGCUAUAAAUUACGAAUUGAAAAGACGGAAAACUGUGCCGGUCCGGAUCCGGUCGUAAAAAUUGAAGAAAACUUCAACGUCAGCUUGAGCAGAAGAUGCUUGGUCCGAUCGCAUGGCUGCGUAGAAAUUAAGGGUUACGAAAAUGCUACAGCCGUAUAUAUUGUGAGGGUAUUCGGGAUCCCCGUUAUAAAGGGCGAACAGGAUCUUUGCGCAAAAAUAAGUAAAUGGUCCCUGGCGUACCCAAUUCUUAAUACUUUCAAUUUUCCCAAUAAGUGUCCGGUGGAAAAGACUACGAUCUGCGCGGAUUCUAAGCAUGUUGUCAACGCAAAUCCAUUCAAGCAAUUUCUUCCAUUAUUGUUCGGAAAACCUGUGCUGGAAAUAAACAUUAAGCACAAUAAUGUAAGGAGAUUCUUGUAUCAGAAUGCAAGCUGAAAUGUACAAAGAAAAUUAUUCUAAAAAGAAAAGCGCGGAAUCCAAUAAAGACUGAUGAGGAAAUCGACCAAAACCAUGACAUAUGUACAUAAAUGCAUCAAAAUUGAAAAUGAAAAAAAGGCAAACGUAACAAAACACGAGGUCACUCACAAUUUUCCCGGAUCGGGUACUGAUUAAAGUGUCCAUUUCCCGGCCAUUUUAUCGUUCCCGGAAAUCGAGAAAUCUGACGAUCUUUUUCCCGGGAAUUCCCGGGAUCCCGGGAAAUUUUAAGUAGUAUCUAGUAUUGCAAAAUAUUUCAAACUUUCUUAAUGCGUCAAAAAUUCAAUAAGCAAACCAAAGACCCAAAAACAAAGUACUUUAACCGAAAAACUGGUCUGAUUUUAGCUGCUAGGAAAAAUAUUCAGUUAUGCUUCCGCUUCUCCAAAUCCGAAUUGCCGGGCCUUACGCCUGCCAUCAGAUUAUGUACAGCCACCUUGUCCACCUUCUUCGCCGCAGAAAGCCAUUAUUUAUUAUUUUCAUAGUAUACCGUCUCACGACAUAACUUGACGAACAUAAUUCCUAUAAUUCAGUCGGUCCAUGGCAACCAUUCUCCAAUUUCUCGGGCACCCCACGUUCGCCAGAUCAUGCUCCACUUGGUCUAACCAUCUCGCUCGUCUUGUUCCCACCGGAUUCGUAGCGAACACCUGUUUUGCAGGACAGUCGUCAGGCAUUCUCGCAACAUGUCCCGCCCAGCGUACCCGGCCAGGCAACCUUCACCACCUUCUGGAUACUGGGUUCGCCGUAGAGUCGCGCGAGCUCGUGGUUCAUACUUCGCCUCCACACUCCGUCCUCCUGUACGCCGCCAAAGAUGGUUCGAUCGUGACCUUGUUAUUACUGGACAAGCGGGUUCGGUCGGUCUCGGAUCCGCAGGCCAGCAUGUACCUCGUCUUGGACGUAUUAAUCAUCAAACCAAUCCUUCCUGCUUCGCGUUUCAGUUUGCUGUAGAUGUCUUCCACCGCCGCAGAUGAUCUGCCGACUAUAUCAAUGUCAUCGGCAAAGCAGAUAAGUUGACUGGAUCUGUUGAAAAUCGUGCCCCGCAUUUCGCCCACCGCUCGUCGAAUAACACCUUCUAGCGCCACGUUGAACAUCAUGCAGGAUAGACCAUCACCUUGUCGAAGCCCCCUGCGCGAUUCGAAUGAACUCGACAAUUCACCCGAAAUCCGCACACAGCACUGUGUUCCAUCCAUCGUCGCCUUGAUCAGUCUGAUCAGCUUCCCGGAAAAGCCGUUCUCGUCCAUGAUUUUCCAUAGCUCGUUACGGUCGAUCGUGUCGUAUGCGGCUUUGAAGUCGAUGAAUAGAUGGUGCGUAGGGGCUUGGUGUUCCCGGCAUUUUUGGAGGAUUUGCCGUAAUGUGAAAAUGUGGUCCGUCGUUAACCGUCCUUCCAUGAAACCGCCUGAUGACU